AUGGAGAGCAGACCCUCGAAUUCAGCAAUCAAAAAUUCCCCCAUCCUUCUUAGCACUUCUGCGUCGACCCAUCUGAGUGUGUCUAGCUCCAGCUCUCAACGCCGCCUUCGUGCAUUGUCCAAAGCAGAUUCUGAUGAACUGCCUCAGCACGACAAACUCAAAUCCGCAGUUAUUCGGCGCAGCCCUCCUUCAAGUCCGAGGUCACCGGAACUGCCUCUGUACAACCCGGAAAAGCCGACUACGCCAAAAUCAUUCUCACUUUCCUAUUGGCUUUGUCUCGCAUACUGCUCACUCGCGGCAAUCUUCUUUACUUUGUGUCUCCUUAGUAUACUACUAGACUUCCUUCGUGCCCAGGCACCGUAUCGAGAAACUAGGUCAAUUUCACCCAUAAAUGAUUUCUCCUUUUCGUAUCGGAUGGCAAGACUUUUGCAGGCAGAGCCUCGUUCCACUUCGUUUUCCCCGUUCAUCUCUGGCGCCCACUCUUUGUCCCAUGAUUCGGCCAUAACUGCGUGUAUCUGGAUAGAGGCGGAAGACAUCAGACGAUUGGAAACUUGGUCACUAAAUUGGGACGGUCCUUUAUCUGUCGUUGUCGUUGCAAGUAAUGCUUCUCGUCAAACUCAGAAAUUAGCCAAGGAAAUCGAAGAAAGUCCGGUUCUCAAAAGCAAAGCAGACUUCCACCUGAUUCACAGAAGUCAUAAUGAAACUCGGACUGCUAAUUCAUACCUCAAUCUGGCUAGGUUAUUUGCUAGAACACGCUUUGUACUGCUGUUUCCUGCUUCUACCGUAUCGACUGUCCCAGACAAAUUCUCUGAAAGGUUGUCCAAGCAGAUCGUCUCGUGGAACAUGUCUCAGUCGGAACCGCCCCUUAUUCUUUCAUCUUCAAAAGUCAAGCCGGAUGCAAGCAACCCUUUUAGCCCCCUUUCGCCUGUAUUGCUGGAGAAGUCGCACCCAAUCUGGUGCAGCGAGAGGUUCUUUACUGCACCUUCUCGCGAAGAGGAUUGGGAGGAAUGUCUUUGGCAAUUUUGGCUGAAUUCGUACGGGAAUCUCUCGACAAUGGCAAUUCCGAACUGGAAACUUCCCUCAAAUAAAACUGAUCGCAAAACUGUUCAUAAACCUGGAUCACCCCUGCCUCCUGAGGUAGUCAAUCUGCAUUGCUACUCUGACUUCACUGCUCAUUUGUCAUGCAGGGACUUAUACAUCGUCGACUUAGCCACCGUUUCAGACACGAGUCCUGCGUACUUGCUGCCAAGCGGCUACGAGAUAGAUCUACAAUUCCAGGUAAGGUAG